AUGCCCCGCAAGUACAUCACGGCCAAGCAGCUGAGCGACAUCCUGGACGAGUGGGAGACACUGCGCGCCCAGACUACCGGUUUGCUGCUGGACGAUGAACAAAUGGAGAAGCUCGUCGACGACGCGCCGACGCUCAAGGACUACAAAGUGGAUGCGCGAAGCCUCAAGGGAAAGAUCAAGUCAAGGAUCGACGCCAUCAACCUGGCGAUGAGCAAACGCGACACCGACCCAGCAAUGGACCGCGCCAUCAUCGACCACGACGGCGAACAAGUGUUGCAAGACAUGAUCGACUACGGUUCUCGUCUCGACACCUGCAUCAAAGCGGCCUACAGCGGUGGCGUCUUGAAGGAGGAAGAACCGUCUUCCGACUCCAACGAUGAUAUGGCUGACGGCAACGACUCGGACGCUGCUGACCCAAAGCUCGAGGAGCCGCACAACGAGGACGAGCGUAAAGCUGUGCCCCUUGAGACACCCGACAUCGAUGAUCCCGACACUCGCUCGAAGGCCACCCUUGCCGGACUGAAUUUUCUCAUCAAAAGUUUCGGUGAAACACAGGAGCUGAACAAGAAACAACGUGAAGCCGACUUGAAGCUGCAAAGCCAAGAGCGUCGUGAGCAUGCUGAACUCAUCCGCGGCAUCAACAACCAGAUCAAUACUCUGGACGCCGUCAUGAAGAAGCAACUCUACGACUUCCAAAAGCGACUCUCCGAUGUGGAAUCGAAACUUCGCGACACCACGGCCACCCAGCCUGCCGUUGUUGCCCCAACUACGCAGAUCGUCGUCCAAACUCCGGUUUCCGACAACAACACCACUUCGGCCCCCUCAAGUUCGAACAAUGCUGAUGAGGAUUCGACACAAGCCGAUGAGCCACUCCUUGCGUGUGAACUCGAGAUGCUGAAGACGAUCCCCGCCAACAUGCUGAAGAGCCCCGGCGGUCUUCAUCUCUUCGAACAGUUCAACUCCGAAGAAUCGCGACAGAAACGCCUCGAAUACCGCGGUGCCUACUUCGUCCUCCAGAAUGAAGGCAAGCACGAGAAGUUCGAUGGCACCGGUGAAUUUCGUUCGGCAUGGAUGCGCUUCCUCGUCAAGGCCAAUCAAGUUUGCGUCUCCGAUGGUGAAAAGCUGGAUCUUUUGGUCAACUUCCUCACCGGCGACUUGAGGCGCACCAUCCGCACCUACAUCAUGACAACUCGUGGCCUGUUUGAUGCUGUGCUUCAGCUUUUCGACUCCUAUUUCCACGCCGCUGAUCGACAGAUACUGGCUGUUGAGACGAUGCUCGACCUGGACCCCGUCACCGAGGACUUCCAGGAUCUCGACAAGUUCUUCGCCACCCUGCGACAAGCCGCCAGCGAAUUGAAGCACAACAACUGCAAUGAGGCUCGCACCAAGCAAGACAUCAUCCACAAGAGCCUCUCGUUGCUAAUCCUUGUCUUGGCUACGGUACUCGCCGUGCAGAUUUCCAAGCUCUCGAAAUCUCGCGGCGGAAACAAGGGUGGCAAAAAAUCCGAAUUUGGAUCUAGACCUUUC